AACUCACUUCUUUAUCUAUUACAGCACCAGUUGUUCAAGUUUAAACAUUUUUACUUUAUCGCUGCAUGUAGAGCGACAACAAAAAAAAGCUGUGAAAAGAUGAAAGUUAACAGAAGGGUGUUUGCCAUUCCUGCUCUACUAACAUUCACUUGCGUCGUGACGAUGGGAAAGAUCUUACGGCUUCCAUGCUUGUUCUUUUCUGAUCUGUCGUUGACGCAUAAAAAUUCUCGCCCAUUGGUUGGGACACUGGCUACAAUGAACGUAACAGAUGACCUUGAGUGCAUGAAAAAUUGUAUCCUGCAUGAUUUGUGUCAAUCUAUAAAUUAUAAUGACAAAACAAAAACGUGCGACAUGUUAAAUAGCACAAUGGGAGACGGUGGAAACACUACAACAAAAGAUAACGAUUGGAUGCACUAUGAGAGUGAUCCUGAUAAUAAAGAGAUUGGUGAUGUUUGCUCGAGCUUGUCACCAUGCAAAGACCAUUACUGCGAAGAUAGUUGUGAGUCCCCCGGUUUCAGAUGUACCUGUCGCACAGGAUUUUAUGGAGAGAGAUGCAACCAAGCACCGUCUGUUGAACCAGCCAUGGUGGCAUAAAAGAAGUUACAAAAAAUCACAUUAAAAAGAGUUCCAAUGGUUUGAUUGAUAUCGUUGGUGGAGAUGUUAAAUUGCACAAUUUGUUUUUUUAUUUGGAGCAUUAUUUUUUUUUUUUUUUUUAUAGCACAAUACAUGUAUUUGUGAUUAUCUAAAGUUGUACAUCUAUAAAGAAAUAAAAGUUUAAAAUAUUAA